CACAACACUCCACUGGGCACUGGUUCUGGGCCGGCACCCGCCCGGUCCCACCACCGUCCUUUCCGUCAGCAAACACCGCCAAACCAACAACGGAAAAGCGGACAACACUCCCGCUUUUCAUCCUGUUACCGCCGCCGCCCUCCCAUAUUCCUUCCCAUCCUUCGUUUCAAUCUCAAUCUUCCCGUUUGAUCCAUGGCCUCAUCCUCUCGAUUCCUUGGAAGGCAGCUCUCCGUCCACGAGAUCCUCGGCGGUGGAUUUGUUGCAGAUGUGAUUCUCUGGAGGAGAAGAGAUGUGUCAAUGGGAUUACUGCUUGCCACUCUUGCUUCUUGGGUGGUUUUUGAAUUAUCUGGCUAUACACUCUUGCGGCUUGUUUCUAAUGUCCUGCUGCUCUUGUUCUCCAUUUUCUUUGUUUGGUCCAAGGCUGCAGGGAUCCUUAACAGGCCACCUCCGCCUUUGCCAGAGCUGCACAUAUCAGCACAAGUUAUAAAUGAAGCUGCAAUGCUUGUGUCUUCUUGUGUGAAUAUGUUACUUUCAGCUUGUUAUAGGAUUGCACUUGGAAGGGACACUCUGCUUUUCUACAGAGUAGCUGCAUGCUUAUGGCUUGUGUCUCUUGUUGGUGGCUUUGCUGAUUCCAUGACUCUGGGAUACACCAGCCUUGUCAUUGUUCUGACUGCCCCUGCAUUAUAUGAGAGGUAUGAAGAUUAUGUUGACAGAUAUUUAAUCACGGCCUAUGGCGAUGUGCUGUAUGGGUAUGAGAGCUAUGAAAAGUGUUUUAACGAAGUUGAGAUGUGGAUUAUGGAGAAGAAGAAGAAUCUGUAAAUGAUGGAGGUUUUGCCAUAUUUGAUCAGUUAAUUAACAUUCUCCUAGUUAUGCGUGUAUGGGAGCUUACUGCACCAUCCAUUUUACAGUUGAAGCUCAGUGGUUUUAUAAUGUAGUUUCUGAUAAUAUAUCUUCAUUUGUCUGCUGUUUGUGUCUCUUAUUUUUAUUUUACUGGAGUGAGGUGUGUUUGUUUUCCUCCAAUUGUUGGAAGCUGCUGAGAUUGUUUAGUCAUUUCAUUUGUGAGAGAAGUUUGACAUGAUUUGUAAAAUAUAACCUACUAUUAGCAUUGUUUGAGUUGAUGAAUGUACAAGCAUUGCUGAGAUGAUUGA